ACACACACACACUCUCUCUCUCUCUCUCUCUCACACACACACACACACACACUCGUCUUUGAGCGCCUCGUCUCUCCUCGGAUCUCUGACUGACGGAGAAUCUUUCACUGGAGUAUAAACAUCGCACAUGAAGAGGGUUAAAGUCAUUAAUGAUGGAGAUUAUUGCUAAUGAGACACGCGUGAGCUGCUGGAUGAUUAAUGAACGCGCUGGAUUACGCGCGUCAGGACGCGUCGCGAUGCAUCAACGCGUUCACCAUUAGAACAGCUGGAGCUCAACGGGUGCAGCGCUGCAGUCAGUCUUCAGUAUGAGAGCGGCUCUGAACAUCAGUGUCGCUCUGGUUCUGUUCCCGAUCUUCAUGUGUCAUCAGACAACAAGGCAGAGCGGUUCUGAAGGAGCGGCGUGGAGGUCGUGGAGCUCCUGGGGCGAGUGGGGCGAGUGUUCGCGCUCCUGCGGCCGAGGAGUUCAGGAACAGACCAGAGUCUGUCUGACACAGUAUCCAGCGUCACAGAACACGCCGAACCCGAGACGCCUGAGCCCCGGCACGUACGGAUGGAAGCGAGCGAACAGUAGCCGCAUCAGUCCAGGGACGUACGGAUACAGAACGAUGCCGUAUUCAACGCCUCUUCAGAAAGAAUCCAGCCGAACGGCACACAAACAGAGACGAUCAGCAUCAAACGUCCCACACUGGAGCUACAGGACUCAUCAGAGAAGCCCGUAUCAAAACACUCGCUCUCACACAGCCACCCAACACACCCGAGCGCUGAUGAACACCGCAGCCGUGCAGAGCCCAGCACCAAACCCCUGCCCUGGAGCCCCGAACCGGCACAAGAUCUGCAACAGCACGGCCUGUCCGUCACCCAGCAGACCAAUCAGAGAGCUGCAAUGCUCCGCCUUCAACACGCAGCUCUUCAUGGGACGAUUCUACCAGUGGGAACCUUUUAAUGACGUUUCCAGCGAGCAGAGCUGUGAGCUCAACUGCCGCGCCGUCGGCUUCCGUUUCUACGUGCGUCAGGCGGACAGAGUCAUGGACGGCACUCCGUGUGGACAGAACCAGACGUCUGUGUGUGUGGCAGGACAGUGUCAGAGUGCCGGCUGUGAUGAACUCUUGGGCUCUGGCAGGGUUCCUGAUAAGUGUGGUGUGUGCGGCGGAGACAACAGUGCGUGUAAGCUCGUCUCUGGCGUGUUCCAGCACACUCUGUCUAAAGUGGGCUAUCACAAGAUCGUGGAGAUCCCGCCGGGAGCCACCAAAAUCAACGUCACCGAGAUGGUGAAGAGCAGGAACUACCUGGCUCUGCUCAGCCGGUCUGGACGAUCCAUUAUUAAUGGAAACUGGGCCAUCGACCGUCCAGGAAUGUAUGAGGGAGUGGGAACGAUGUUCACGUACCGCCGGCCGAAUGAGAUCAGCAGCACUGCAGGAGAGUCCUUCCUGGCCGAGGGACCCACCAAUGAGAUCCUGGACGUGUUUAUGAUCUACCAGCAGCCCAAUCCAGGCGUCCGUUAUGAGUUCAUCAUGCCGUCAGAGAACGCUGUAGAUGCUCCUCAUCCUAAACAGAACCAGCUGGACGUGAAUGCUGUGAACGGUCCGUCGACCUCAGAGGAUCACGAGAGGUCAGGGGUCAGACAUCCUCCUCCCGUCCCGGAUAAUCAGCUUCCUGCAGCUCCGCCUACAACCAGAGCCAGAGAAUAUAACUGGAAACUGAGCGGCACCACAGACUGCAGCGCCUCCUGUGGACGAGGAAGCAGGUUCUCUGUGUUCGUCUGUGUUCAUCGAGGAACUCAUGCUCUGGUGCUGAGCGAUCUGUGCGACAGCAGCACCAAACCCAGCCCUCAGGAGGAGCCCUGUAACGUCCAGCCCUGCCCUGCCUUCUGGGACAUCGGCGAGUGGUCCGAGUGCAGUAAGACGUGUGGUUUGGGCGUGCAGCAUCGUCAGGUUCUGUGUCGUCAGCCGUACACUAACCUCACACUGAACGUUCACAGCAGCCGCUGCAGACACCUGGAGCACCCCGAGACCAGCAGCUCCUGCCAGCUGAAGAUCUGCAGCGAGUGGAACAUCCGCUCCGACUGGAGCCCCUGCUCGGUGCCCUGCGGUGUAGGUCAAAGGUCACGUGAGGUGCACUGUGUCAGUAAUGUUGGUGAUAUCGUGGCAGAUGACGAGUGCAACAUGAAGCUGCGUCCCAGCGAUGUGGAGAACUGUGACGCAGGUGUGUGCACCAAGAGCUGGUUCUUCAGUGACUGGAGCGCUCAGUGUUCGGCUGACUGUGGCGCAGGGAUACGGACGCGCAGCGUUCAGUGCCUCACCAAUCACAUCAGCAGUCUGCCUCUGGAGAGCUGCGGGGCCCAACGGCCCCCCGAGGCCCAGCCCUGCAACAACGGCCCCUGUGAGAGCCGCACAGAGUGGUUCACCGGACCCUGGAGUCAGUGCUCGGCGGAGUGCGGCUCUGGCGGUCAGCAGAGGGCAGUGGUGUGUCUGAUGAGGUCAGACGAGGGUUUCAUGGUGAUGCCGGCGUACGAGUGCUCGUCUCUGGACAAACCCCUGAGCCAGCAGAGCUGCUUCAUCAAGACCUGCGGAGCCAAGUGGUUCCACACCGACUGGAGCGCGUGCUCGAAGACGUGUGAGACAGGUUACCGUGUGCGAGAGGUGCGCUGUCUGACCGAUGACGUGAUGACCAGCGAGCUCUGCGACGAAACACUGAAGCCUCAUGACAAGGAGGAGUGUCACCCUGAGCCCUGCCUGCCUCUGAUUGAUGAGAAGUGUCGUGAUAAAUACUUCAACUGUAACGUGGUGGUGCAGGCGCGUCUCUGCGUGUACGACUACUAUCAGAUGGCGUGUUGUGCGUCCUGCACGCGUGUGGCCCGGAGGAGCUCUGGACACUGGGGACAGCGAUCGUGACCAGAGAUCCUGGGAUUGAACACAGAUGCUGUGUGAUGAUGAGAUCAGUAUGUACUCAGUGCGUCGUCACACAUGAACACUAGAGCGCAGGAUGAGGAGAGAAUCACUGCGUCAGCAACCACUUCACUUCUGUUCACACCGCGGAGUGAAUGUGAUCCGAACCGAAUGGAUCUGUGUGUGGAGCUGCAGUGUGAACGGGUUCAGCUCACUGCAAAACUGGAUCCGGUUCCUCAGAUCUGAAACACUGAUCCGCUUUCUGAUUGGAUAAACUCUCAUCGAUGGGCUUCAAGAGCAAAAACACAAAGACAAUGAUUCAGAGUUAACAUAUGGAGCUAAAAUAGUCUCAAAAUUAAUGUGUUUACAAAAUUAAAAUCCAAUAGCUAUGUCAUAUUCUCAAAACAAAGCCUUUGUGUAUAAUGCAUUAUGUACGUUGUAAUGCAUUAAAUCUUUUCAUUAAUAAUUGUAGCCAAAGUUAAAAUGCAUUAUAAGUUUGUUUGCCAUGUUUUUUAUGCAUUAUAUUUUCUAAAGGUUUAACAAUGAGUGUUAUAAGGCAUUAUAACAGUCAGGGUCAUAGAUUAUUUUCUUGGUCAAGUGUGUUCGAAUAGAGGUUUUCAAGAGCUGGUGUGAGUAAAUAUAGAUUUCAACUCAAAGAGACAGGAUAGUCUGGGCAUGACAUGAUAUGAUGGACCCAGAAGGCGAGAUGAACAUCAAGGAGCACUAUACACACUCAUGAACUGUGUGUUUCAUUCAUAUUUGAAGCCAGAGGGCGCUCCCGAGCAGAAAGUCAUACCAGGAAACUCCUAAUAUGGGCAAAAGCAUCCAGACACUUUUGGAAACAUGAACACAUUAAACAUACGAUUGGGACAAUAUAUGUUUUUUCGAGUCAUCUCCAGCAGGUGAUAAAUAAAGUAUAUG